AUGGAGUCAGAGGGCGAUGGAGUCAGAGGGCGAUGGUGUCAGAGGGCGAGUCAGAGGGUGAUGGAGUCAGAGGGCGAUGGUGUCAGAGGGCGAUGGAGUCAGAGGGUGAUGGUGUCAGAGGGCGAGUCAGAGGGCGAUGGAGUCAGAGGGCGAUGGUGUCAGAGGGCGAUGGAGUCAGAGGGUGAUGGUGUCAGAGGGCGAGUCAGAGGGUGGAGUCAGAGGGCGAGUCAGAGGGUGGAGUCAGAGGGUGAUGGAGUCAGAGGGUGA